AUGGCAACGGAAACACGAAGGAGCUCUGACAGUGAAGACGAUAAUAUAUCUGAUCAUGAUCAAUGGCUAAAAAGUGCUAAAGACUAUUCCACUUUAUAUAAUUAUGACAACAACCUGUCUGAUAGCGAAGGAUACCCGUUUCGUAAAGUAUUUUCUAGAGAAAUAUUCGAGGAGAACUAUACGAAUGGUAACUAUUUUGCUGUUGAAUAUCCAAUAUGGCAAUAUUAUCAAGUUUGUGGGAAGAAAAGCGCGACAAUCCGUUAUGAAUUAUUAAGAAAAUUCAAUAAAUUGAAUAAAGAGCGACAAGAUUUUCAUGACUAUCCGUCACCAGUUGAAGAUAUUAUCGAUCCGGAUCUACUAGUUUACAAACCUCAUGGAAUAAUACAAAACUCUAAUGGAUAUUAUGAAGCAUCAGAAUCCCAGUCUCAACCACGGUAUCACAGUGAAAAGCUGCCAUUACGCAGUACUUACCAAUGGAUACCAAGUGAUUUUCGUAUCUGUUCUUCUGCUUCAAAUGUUAAUGGUUUGGUUGAAUACAAAGUACAUAUUGAGACACCAAUCUCGCAUUUACCGAUGAAUGAAGAAUAUGAACAGACAUAUCGAAAUUUGGAGAAAAUAUUUGAAAAAAUUGUACCGAUGUUUAAAAAGCUGAAUGUAUUGAAUUCUGGCAAUGUUGAUACACGUCUACAAGUCAUUGUAAAAGUGCAAAGUUAUAAUAUAAAACCAGGUAUAAAAUAUUCUGGUCGCUGGCAUACUGAAGGUUAUGAAGAGGGUAUUGUAGCUGUUGGUGUUUACUAUGUUCACAUUGAUGAUAAACUUGAAGGUGGUGCACUCAAGUUCCGUCCUGCAAAACUGCCCUAUGCAAACUAUGGUGGUGAAGGUAAACCUGAGUUGUUAGAUGAUGGUCCUGGAUAUUAUAGGUCUGUAAUAGAAAAACGAGAACCACGUCAUUUACGGAGUCACUUUUACGAAGAUGUCAAUCGUUACGUGAUACCACAAACUGAUACUGCUAUUGUAUUUAGUAAUUCAUUACCGCAUCGUUUUUGUUCAAUCCGGAAUCGAACGCAAAGAUCUAGACGACGUACAUUUCUUAAUUUCUUCAUUGUCGACCCGUGUCAACCGAUUUUACGAUCCCCUGAAUUAGAAAUCAGUAAUCUAAUUCUUGUCAGUUAUGAAGCCUGUUACAAACUAUUGAGGAAGACAUGUGUUCUAAAUAAUGCAAAGUCAGAAUGUAAACAGGAAUUACCCGACGUAGUUAUUGAAAAGAUUCUCACUCUUCUCAGCUUAAUUCAAAAUCUAUGGCCAACUGAUGUAGAUUCAAAAGAAUUUCGUCGAUGUGUUCGCUGUGAAAUGUGUAAACAGAAGCCAAGUUGGAAAGGCAUUAGCUUUGGAAAUUGGGGUUAUAUUGAUUUCAUUGAUAAAUUACGAAUAUUAUUAUUGGGUAUAUGUGAAUAUUUAGAAGAUUCAAAUGAACAUGCAUUACAAGCUGCACUUGAUCAAAUAUGUGAUAAAUCUGAAUUGGAUAGUGAUUCAAGAACUGAUCUUGAACGCGCAUGUUAUCUAUUUAUUAAAGCCACGAAUACCGUUCUUUCAUCUAAAAAUGGAUUACCUCCACAUGUUUUAUUUGCACUUGAUAAUGUUAUUCGUCGUGUUGCUGAAUAUCUUGUUGGUCUUAUUCGACCAGAUUUUAUUUCUGCUGCAACUAGUAUUGCACCGAUAACACCAAGUGAUGCACCAACAUUUAGAUCAACAGGCUCACGUUCACCAUUUUUUCCAAAUCCUACGGAUGCAGCAAAUGAAGAAAUAGCACGUUUACAUCAACAAUAUGCACAACUACUUCAGACAAGUCGAAAUCAUCUUAGUCAAUUAAUUAGUAUUGAAAAUAAUAAUGUUGUUAAAUUAUAUGAAUUAUCAGUAAAUCAAGAAGAGAAAAAAUCAUCAAGUAAAGCAAUUGGCUUGUUUUUACCGGUUGAAUCAUCACCAACAAUUGAAACUACGGAUUCUGAACAUGUAACAACAUCUGUUGCAGAAGAACAAAAUAAAUCAAGUAUUCUAACACAAAAAACAAAAGCAUCACAACAAAUAACACAAUCACGCUCACUUAUUGAAAUUGAACAAGAACAUGAUCAAUUGCUCAAAUCUAUGAUUGAGAAUCGAACUCGUCUUAAUCAAUUAUUUCGUUCAUCGAGCACAUAA